AUGGCAGGCACAAUUAGCAUGUAUGACCUUGUCAUAGUUGGUCACGGCGUGGCCGGUCUAGCCGCCGCAGUAUCGGCGGCGGAACUCGUUCCAGCAGCUCAGAUUGCCGUGCUAGAGCGCGCGCCUGAGGAUGCCAGCGGGGGCAACACGCGUUAUAGCCCGGCCAACAUGCGCAUGCGAUCUGUUAAUGAGAUAUCGCCUGGUUUCGUGGAUGAUAUGAUGACCAUCAGUGGCGUAGACGGCGACCGCGCCUAUUUCGAAAAGUUGGCCGACCGGGCACCGCAGGCCGUCCAGUGGCUCGAGAGACAAGGUGUGCAAUUUCAUGCCAUGGACUAUUUCUUGAAGUCGUGGCCAAAUAGGAUUCAGCCCGUCGGCAAAGGUGCCGCCAUAAUCGAAGCGCUGCAGCGAUCUGCCAGGGCAAAAGGCAUCCAGCUGGUGUACGAAUGCCGCGCCAAGCAACUGCACCUUGGGAAAGAAGGGGCCACCAUCAAGGCGGCAGACGGGCGGCGAUUCAUUGCCAAAUCCGUUGUUCUCGCCAGCGGUGGAUUCCAAGGUAAUCCAGAGCUCCUGCAUACCUAUUUCGGGACCGGUGCGGAGUCUCUACGACCGAUAUCUCCAGGCACGCGGUGGAACACAGGUGAUGGGAUCCAAAUGGCGCUGAAUAACGGAGCUGCGGUAAAUGGAAAUUGGAAUGGCAUGCAUAGCGAAAUAAUCGAUCCGCGCAGCGAUAUGCCUGCACCACUAGUGCUCGUCUAUCCUUAUGGUAUUGUGGUGAAUCGCAACGGAAAGCGAUUCGUUGAUGAGGGCGCAGGGCUCGUCCAUGACACCUGGGAACAACUUUCACGAACUAUCCACUUUGAUGCUCCGGGCCAGUCAGCCUGGGUAGUUUGCGAUUCAAGACUCUCUGAGGUGGAAGGCUAUGAAGCGGCCAUUCGCACCGACAUCCCGCCUCUUACAGCGGACACAGUAUCUGGCCUAGCAGUCCAGAUGAAGGUGCCGGAACAGGCGCUCUUUAGAUACAAUCUCAAGCUACAACGCAGCUUGUGA